UUUUAAAAUUAUGUAGUGUGUAAUUUAUUAUGGGACAAAAAAGAAUAAAAAUGAAGAAUUCUUUUGGGUAGAAAAAGGAGGGUUUACUUACUCGCACUGGCCGCAUUGUUUGUGGAGCAGAAGCUAUAUCCGAUCGCCGUUGACCUGAAAUUUCCGGCGAAUUUUAAGUUCCAGUAUGAUUAAUGAUCAAGACCUGGGAUUCUUUGCCAACUUCCUUGGCAUCUUUGUGUUUGCGCUGGUGAUUGCAUAUCAUUACGUGAUGGCUGACCCAAAGUAUGAAGGCAACUGAAAGCUACUUUAGGUAUCCCAAUGCAUCAUGCAAUAUGAAAUAGAAUGAAUAUCAUUUGCAUUGGCUUUUUUUGUUUACUGAAUCGAUCUUAUGGAGACAUUUUGUUGUGGAAAACCUUUAAAUAUUUAGCACAUGUGUUUGACUGAUUCAAGUCCUUAUUAUACAUUUCGGGUACGCCAUAAUCAUAGCAUCUGUUUCUUUCAUGUUUGUUACUAUGUUAUACAAAAUCUCCGCUCUCCGCUCUCCAGUAUAAAUCCUCGCUUUCGGCACGACUACUUCCCCAUUGUAAACCCUAAUUGCUUCAGACUUCAAACCCGUCAAAUCUACCACACAGACGAUAAACUUUGCCGAAAAAGAUGGCCGGAAAGGGCGAAGGUCCGGCGAUUGGUAUUGAUCUCGGAACAACAUACUCCUGCGUCGGAGUCUGGCAACAUGACCGCGUGGAGAUCAUCGCGAACGACCAGGGGAACAGGACGACGCCGUCCUAUGUCGCUUUCACUGACAGCGAGCGUCUCAUCGGCGAUGCCGCGAAGAAUCAGGUCGCCAUGAAUCCUACUAACACUGUCUUCGAUGCAAAGAGAUUGAUUGGGAGACGGUUCACUGAUACAACUGUGCAGAAUGACAUCAAGUUGUGGCCUUUUAAGGUCAUCUCUGGUCCUGGUGAUAAGCCCAUGAUUGUUGUCAACUACAAGGGCGAAGAGAAGCAGUUUGCUGCUGAAGAAAUCUCGUCUAUGGUGCUCAUCAAGAUGAGGGAGAUUGCUGAGGCUUACCUUGGCAACACAGUAAAGAAUGCUGUUGUAACAGUUCCUGCUUACUUCAAUGACUCUCAGCGUCAGGCAACAAAGGAUGCUGGAGUCAUUGCUGGUCUCAAUGUCAUGAGGAUCAUCAAUGAACCCACGGCUGCUGCCAUCGCUUACGGGUUGGACAAGAAGGCAACUAGUGUUGGGGAGAAGAAUGUGUUGAUCUUUGAUCUCGGUGGUGGUACCUUUGAUGUCUCUCUCCUCACCAUUGAGGAAGGUAUUUUUGAGGUGAAGGCCACUGCUGGUGACACCCAUCUUGGUGGUGAGGACUUUGACAACAGAAUGGUCAACCACUUUGUCCAGGAAUUCAAGAGAAAGAACAAGAAGGAUAUCACUGGAAACCCCAGAGCACUCAGGAGGUUGAGAACAUCUUGUGAAAGGGCAAAGAGAACUCUUUCCUCCACUGCCCAGACCACAAUCGAAAUUGACUCUCUCUUUGAGGGUAUUGAUUUCUACUCUACCAUCACCCGUGCCAGAUUCGAGGAGCUGAACAUGGACCUCUUCAGGAAGUGUAUGGAACCCGUCGAGAAGUGUUUGAGAGAUGCCAAGAUGGACAAGAGCUCAGUCCAUGAUGUUGUCCUUGUCGGUGGAUCCACUAGAAUUCCCAAGGUUCAGCAAUUGUUGCAAGACUUCUUCAAUGGAAAGGAGCUCUGCAAGAGCAUCAACCCUGAUGAGGCUGUUGCCUAUGGCGCUGCUGUCCAAGCUGCCAUCUUGAGCGGAGAGGGUAAUGAGAAGGUCCAAGACUUGCUUCUUUUGGAUGUCACCCCACUCUCCCUUGGUUUGGAAACUGCCGGAGGUGUCAUGACAGUCUUGAUCCCAAGAAACACCACAAUCCCAACAAAGAAGGAACAGGUAUUCUCAACCUACUCUGACAACCAGCCCGGUGUUUUGAUUCAGGUCUAUGAAGGUGAGAGGACAAGGACAAGGGACAACAACCUGCUCGGAAAGUUUGAGCUCUCCGGCAUCCCUCCUGCCCCUAGGGGUGUCCCACAGAUCACUGUCUGCUUUGACAUUGAUGCCAAUGGCAUCUUGAAUGUCUCUGCGGAGGACAAGACUACAGGCCAGAAGAACAAGAUCACCAUCACGAACGACAAGGGAAGGCUUUCCAAGGACGAGAUUGAGAAGAUGGUACAGGAGGCCGAGAAGUACAAGUCGGAGGAUGAGGAGCACAAGAAGAAGGUUGAGGCGAAGAAUGCCCUUGAGAACUACUCUUACAACAUGAGGAACACCAUCAAGGAUGACAAGAUUGGGUCCAAGCUCUCCCCAGCCGACAAGAAGAAGAUUGAGGAUGCCAUUGACGAGGCCAUCCAGUGGCUCGAGGGGAACCAGCUCGCGGAGGCGGAUGAGUUUGAGGACAAGAUGAAGGAGCUGGAAGGCAUCUGCAACCCCAUCAUUGCCAAGAUGUACCAAGGUGCUGGCGGCGGUAUGGGUGAGGGCAUGGAUGAAGACGGCCCGAUUCCUUCUGGUGGCGGUGCUGGACCCAAGAUUGAGGAGGUCGACUAAGUCUGUUGGUGAUGGCAUGGUCUACUGUGUUUUUACAUGCUCUUUCAAUUCCUCUAGAACAUCUGUGUUUUUACUAGUAACUAUGUUGUGUUUUUGAAGUUUUGUUAUUUCUUGCGAUGGAUUUUUUUUGGAGGAUUUCUUCUUUAUUUAAUUAAAAAUCUGGAUAAUACAGACAGAUUUUGCGGGGUAUUUAUCAGUAUUUUUGGAUAUUUUUUUCGGUGGUCUAAAUGAAUGCAUUAUGCAAUU